AGUGCCUGAAGUUAGGGAAAAAGAUGAAGAUUCAUUCCAUGGACCAAGGAGUAGAGCACAUGCUGGUUCUGUCCUCGGAUGGAAAAGUUUUUGAGUACAGCUACAGCAUAGAACCUGCAAGGUUUCAAAGCAUUUUACAUGAAAAAGAUAUAAUUCACAUUGCAUGUGGAUAUUAUCAUUCUCUUGCACUCUCAAAAGGUGGUGAGCUCUUUGCCUGGGGACAGAACGUCCAUGGACAGCUCGGAGUUGGAAGGAUGUUUCCCUCAACCCCCACGCCACAGGCUGUGCAGAGCCUCACAGGAGUCCCGUUGGUGCAGAUUUCUGCAGGAGAAGCCCACAGCAUGGCCUUAUCCAUGUCUGGAAAUGUCUACUCAUGGGGGAGAAAUGAUUGUGGACAGCUAGGCCUGGGCCACACUGAGAAUACAGAUUCUCCUUCCCUUGUUGACAUCCCAGACAAUCAGAAAGUUGAGUUUCUGGCUUGUGGUGGCGCUCACACUGCCCUCCUCACACAGGACGGGCUCAUGUUCACUUUUGGUGCUGGAAAAUACGGGCAACUUGGUCACAAUUCAACAGAGAAUGAACUAAGACCCUGUUUGGUGACUGAAUUCAUUGGAAAUAGAGUGACUCAGAUAGCAUGUGGAAGGUGGCACACACUUGCCUAUGUCUCUGAUUUGGGCAAGGUCUUUUCCUUUGGAUUUGGAGAAGAAGGACAAUUAGGACAUGGUGGAAAACGUUCUCAGCUGAUACCACUGCCGAUGAAAUCACCAUCAAAUGAAGAGCUCCAGUUUGAAAGCCAUCACUCAGGAAAAGAGUUGAUAAUGAUUGCUGGAGGGAAUCAAAGCAUUUUGCUCUGGGUGAAUAAAGAGAAUUCCUAUGUUAAUCUGAGGAGGAAAAUUCUUACACUGAAUGAAGGGACUAUAAAGAGAUGGAUUGAUGAUGUGGGAACUAAACAGUGGCAGAAUACCAGAAGAGAAAUCCGAGAAAUUUUUUCAUAUGCUGCUUGUCUGACUGGAAGUUUCUUAGUGGAAAGAGGAACUGGAGAAACAAUUUCCAUUGAUGUGGAUUUACAGAUGGCAAGAGAGACCUUCAAGAAGUUAACAGAAAAUGAAUUGAUUUCUUCCAUGAUAGUUACAUGUCUGGAGGCUAAUCUGCUCAGAGCUCUUCCAUGUCAUUCUCCACAUCAAGAAGCUCUAUUGAUUUUCCUCCUGCUGCCAGAAUGUCCUGUGAUGCAUGAUUCUAACAACUGGGAGAACCUGGUGAUUCCCUUUGCACAGGCGGUUUGUAACUUGAAUGACAGAUCUUCAAGAAUUCUGAAACAGUACUGGGCAUCCUUGGAAGCAUCUUCUCUGAACACAUUGGUCCAGAUGCUUAAGUCAGCCAUCAUCUCUGAACUGCCUUAUAUAACCACAAAAUUUCAGAGUAUCUGUAAUAUUAAAACUCUUCUAGAAAUGAUGAAAGAAGUGCAUGAGGUAAACAAAUCUACCCGUCAUCUGCCAGAAGGUACUUUCAACAUAGACGAGCUGUCUGACCUGUGGAGUAUUGCUGCAGGAGAAAUACUGUCCUUUUGGGCUGUGGACCAGGUAUUUGAUGACCAUCCCAUUCUUAUUAUGUUCACUCAUUUUUCAUUUGUCUGUAAUUUACAAUCCAAAAUUAAGUUGUUACAUGUUGAUUCAUCAAUAAAAAUGCGGAGGUCAGCAGCCACGGUGGAAGGAAAGGUUGAAUCACCUACAUUAAUACUGAGAAUCAGGCGAAGUCACCUGGUGGAAGAUGCCCUACAUCAGUUAAGCCAAGUUGAAGAAACCAGCUUUUUGAAAACUUUAGUGGUUGAAUUUAUCAAAGAAAUUCGUCCUGAGAGUGGAGGGGUCACUGCUGAGUUCUUCCACUGUAUAUUUGAAGAGAUGACCCAUCCCAAAUAUGGAAUGUUCAUGUAUCCUGAAGAGGGUUCCUGCAUGUGGUUCCCUGUAAAUCCUAAAUGUGGGAAUAGAUACUUCCUCUUUGGGAUGCUCUGUGGACUCUCCCUAUUCAAUUUCAAUAUCGCCAACAUUCCUUUCCCCCUGGCUCUGUAUAAGAAACUUCUGGGCCAAAAUCCAUCUUUGGAAGAUUUAAAAGAACUCAGUCCUUUUUGGGGGAAGAGUUUGCAAGAAAUUAUAAAUGAUGAAGCUGAUGACAUUAAAGAACUUCAUAUGUAUUUCUCUAUACCUUGGGAUCAAAAUGAUGUUGAUUUAAUUCCAGAUGGGAUCUCUGUACCUGUGGACCAAACCAACAAGAAAGACUAUGUCUCUAAGUGUGUUGACUACAUUUUCAACAUCUCCAUAAAGAGAGUUUAUGAAGAAUUUCAUAACGGAUUUUAUAGAGUCUUUGACCAAAAGAUAAUUAAAUGUUUCCAGCCUGAAGAACUAAUGACAGCAGUAAUUGGAAGUACUAAUUAUGACUGGGAAGCCUUUGAAAAGAACUCACAGUAUGAACAAGGAUACCACAUAUCACAUCCUACUAUACUGACAUUUUGGAAGGUUUUCCACAAGUUAACUUUGGAUGAAAAGAAAAAAUUCCUUUUAUUUCUUACAGGGCGUGAUAGAUUGCAUGUAGGAGGCAUCCAGAAUAGAGGAAUAGUGUUCCGCUGUCCUGCAACUUUCAGUGAAAGAGAUUACCCAAGGUCACUGACGUGUCACAGUGUUCUGUAUCUGCCCCAGUAUUCCACAAUGGAAAGAAUGGAGGAAGUCCUUCACGUGGCUAUCAACAACCACAGGGGCUUUGCGCCCCCCGGGAUCCUGCUCCCAUGAUCAGUUCCCAGGGCCUCAGGGAGGCCUCAGGUGCUCAGUCUCUCAGCCUUGGAUUCUUCUGUUUCUGCUUGCAUCUAGUCAGUACAAGAGGUUGACAGUCGUUAGUUAUCAUUAUUUGGAUUUGGUGAUAAUAAAGUUAUACAUCAAAAGUAA